AUGCUCCUCGAGAAGGCGAUACUCUGGGGAGCCAACACCGGCAUUGGGUUUGAAACAGCCAAUUCACUCGCAUCCCAGGGGUACGCCACGGUGCUGGCAUGCCGAGACAUCAAUAAAGGGCGGGCUGCGAGGGACAAGAUCAAGGCAGGGCUGCCUGGGGCAAAGGUGGAAGCAGUCUCGCUGGACCUGGCAGAUCUGUCAACCAUCCGCAGCUUUGCCACGAAGGCCUUGGAUGGAGGCAGGCCACUGGAUGUCCUUGUGAACAAUGCAGGCAUGCUCCUCGUACCCUGUGUCAUGGCGACACCUGAGCUGCGCACAAAGGAUGGGUUUGAGUUGCAGCUGGGGACCAACCACCUGGGCCACUUCCUGCUCACCACCAUGCUCCUUCCCCUGCUCACAGAUCCCUCCAGGCCGUCCAGGAUAGUGAAUGUGUCGUCGUCCGCCCACAUGUUUGGGCGCAUAAACUUUGAGGACCUGCAGAGCCGGCAGAAGUACCAGCCCUGGGUUGCAUAUGGCCAGUCCAAGCUGGCAAAUGUGCUCUUCACAUAUGAGCUGGCCAGGCGGCUGCCGCUGGAUGCAAAUGUGACAGUCAACGCACUUCACCCUGGUGUUGUGCAGACAGAGCUCCAAAGGUACCUUGUCCCAGACCCGGUGCCCUGGUGGCAGGUGCCUUUGCUAAAGGCAGCCAGUGUCUUUCUAAAGACUCCAGUACAGGGAGCAGCCACCAGUAUCUACCUAGCCUCCUCCCCUGAGGUGGAGGGUGUGAGCUCCAAGUACUGGGUUGACUGCCAGCCCAAGGCGUCCAGCAAGGCCUCCUAUGACACAGAUGUGGCGCGGAAGCUAUGGGAAGUCAGCCAGGAGCUGACCGCAGCUGCUGACAAUGGUGAAGUGCUGGCAGUUCCUGCUGCGCGACAGGCUUGAGCAUGGCUACAGAUUGAAUCAGAAAAGUAGAAAUGCAGUCAUCAAGGCAGAGCGUGCUCCAAAAGAUAGGCGAAUCUAGACUAGGAGAGGAUGCACACACAAAAGAAUGAAACAUAAUUCUCUGAUUUGUGGUGACAUUUGCCAUGCGUGGUCGCACAUGCCAUGCCAUCUUUGAUCAUUUUGCUGAAAGCAAUAUCAGCUGAAGAGUCUGUGCACUGCAGAUUUGCUCUCAACUUGCACUUCGAUACCUUAUAUCAGAAGUCUUGGUAUCUAGCUGAUCUGCGUCUUGGACUUAGCCGCUAGACAAGAGAGGUCUUUACAAACAGUCCUGAUGUGAGGGGCAUGGAAAUCAUCAAGGCUGGGGUACAAUGCAGUCACUGGACGGUCCAGCAAGGUGUUCUAUGACAGUGGUGCACCACGUGGCCAUUGGUCCUCUGGUUUGACACUCUGAUGCUCUGAUGGUAUUGCUUGCUUCAGUAUUCUGCUGUUUGGAAGGUAUCUAUGAUAAUAUGGAAUCUUUAGUCAAGGAUAUUCUUCCUGACGUAAGGCGCGUCCGUACAGUCGAGGUUCCCCAUCAACUUCUGCUGCAGUUGCCAGUGUGGUAACAACGUAAGCAGG